GACUGGGGGGACACUGAGAGCAAGAAGGAAAAUAAAGGAGGUGGAGGAAAAAAGUGAAAUAACAGGAGAUUAGCGGGAAGAUUGGAGCGGCAGGUUGGAGAGAAAGAGCGAGAGGAAGAAAACUGGACACCGAGACUUGCCAUUGAUUUCUACAAGUCCUUGAUUAUUUUAUUUUUUUUUGCACGAAGAUUCUUUUUGUUCCCCAUCUGCGGAAUUUAAAAAAAAGGAGGCGACACCAUGACAACAGAGAUGCAGGAGAUCGCCAUCACGGAGGAGAAGCCUUUGCUCACGGGUCAGGCUGACAGCACCAAGGAUGCUGAACUGGCUGCCAGGAUACUCCUGGACCAAGGACAGGAGCACAGUGUUGAGACCCCACACGGCGUCCUGCACGUGACCCUCCACGGCACACGAACCACCCGUAGGCCCGCCAUCCUCACCUUCCACGACGUGGGCCUGGACAGUAAGAGCUGCUUCUCCACUCUCUUCAAGUUCGAGGAGAUGCAGGAGAUCGUCAAGAACUUCACCCUGAUCCACGUCGACGCCCCGGGACAGGAGGAGGGGGCUGCUGCCUACCCUGCAGGCUACCAGUAUCCGUCCAUGGAGACCAUAGCAGAGAUGAUCCCUGCUGUCCUGCAGUUUUUCAACUUCCGCACUGUAAUCGGAGUUGGUGUGGGAGCCGGAGCCUACAUCCUCUCCAAGUUCACGCUUGCAAACCCAGAUUCAGUGGAAGGUCUGGUUCUGAUCAACAUCGACACCAACGCUCGAGGAUGGAUAGACUGGGCCGCUCAGAAGCUGAGCUCUGUGACGUCCUCCCUCACAGAGCAGAUCUUGUCCCACCUCUUCAGUCAGGAGGAGCUGUCAUCAAACACAGAUCUAGUGCAGUCCCACAGAGACCGUAUCAAUAAAGCCUCUAAUGGGGUCAACAUAGAGCUCCUGUGGAAGACUUACAACAGUCGUAGAGACUUGAACAUCGACCGCAACAGCACCUUCAAGUGUCCAGUCAUGUUGGUGGUGGGCGACCAAGCUCCGUACGAGGAUGCUGCCGUGGAGUGCAACAGCAAGAUGGACCCAACAACAACCUCAUUCCUAAAGAUGGCUGACGCUGGAGGCCUCCCUCAGCUGACUCAGCCUGCUAAACUGACUGAGGCGUUCAAGUAUUUCAUCCAAGGCAUGGGCUACAUGGCCUCCUCCUGCAUGACCCGCCUGUCCCGCUCCCGCACCACCUCCCUGUCCUCCUCCUACUCCAUGGAUGGGUCCCGCUCUCGCUCCCGCACCCUGUCGCAGGGCUCGCAGGGCGGACAGAUGCCGCCCAGCCCCUCCCAAACCAUGGAGGUGUCCUGCUGAAGCGAAAUAACAUAGAACGAAGAAAGAAAGAAAGAGAGAGAGAGAGAGAGAGAGUGGGAAAAGAGAGGGAGCAAAGAAAAUAAAAAAAAGAAAAGGAAGGGAAAGAUGAAGCAUGACAAUAAUGCAGGAACAAGACGAAUGGCUUACUUAUUUGUCACUAAACAACUCCCAUCAUUCCCCCACAGGAGCAGAAUAGGAAGCUGAGAGAGCGAGGGAGGGAGAAGGGAAGUGAAGUGAGUUCAGUGGACGAUAGAAAGCUGUCCUCCACAUUUUGCACCACAUACAAGUCCAACCCUUCACAUCCCCCUUCCAGCUGAAAACACAGUAGACUGGGCUGUUCUCUAGUAAAUAUGAGACGUGCAGUCUUUUGAAGGCAAAAAGAGAUUAUUAAACAAGGGAUGAGGUGAAGAAUGGCGACCAGUUCUCCCUCCCUCCCUCCACUGGAGCCUCUUUCAGCCAAUAGAGCCCUUUAAUUUAGACACAGAGUGCAGCCUAUAGAUGACAAAUAUAGACGCCGCACACCUUAACCAAUAGUAAUAAUUCUGAAAACUGUAUUGUUGUUGAUGCUGAUGAUUAUGUUGUUGAUGAUGAUGAUGCUAAUGAUGAAAUAACAGAAGAAAAAAAAAAAACGUAACACUUUUCUCUUUAAUGAAAUGACAUAGAUUAAAAAAAAAGAAAAAAAAAACAUACUAUAGCAGAGAUACUUACAACAAUGUGUGUCUACUACUUUUUAAGCUAGUUUUUAUUGUGUUAUUUUUAUUUCUUCGAUUGGAUUUUAUUUUCUUAUCUGUAACCUGUCUCAGCAAGGGGCCGACGGCUACUGAUUGGCUGAGCGGCCACGUGGAAACAGCCAAUGAGAGCAUUUAUAGUGACUACUCCCUCCUUGAUGUCGCCAGGUUGUUUAUGUCUUCCAUUUGCCCCCCUUGUCUAUAAGUGACUGUUUUAUUUACCCCCCCGUUGGGUUUGAGGAAGUGGGCCGGAAGCUUUUUUUGUUUUUUUGUUUUCCUAGACUGUUUGGAAGAUGCAUGCCUGGUAUCAGCCCCUGUGAAUAUUAUUAUUCUUUUAUAUUCUGCUAAUGAGUUGUGAGAAUGUGUGUGCUGUUUUGGUCUGAAGGUAAGCAUAGGUGAGACUGAGGGUGUUGUUGUUUUUUUUAGCUUUGCAGCUAGCUCGCACCCUAUCGUUAACACUAGUCGCACAUUUAAUAGUGCUUCCAAUAUUGCUGCACUGCGUGUCCUAAUAUCCACGCCAGAGUGCUACUCUCCAGCAGUAGCAUGCCAGUCUGGAUAUUGCAUGUCAGCUGUGGCCAGAAGGGAUCACUGUGUUUAUCACCUGGGUUGUAAUCUCUUAGCCUUGCCCGCGCAUGGAUACCUCCUAACAAACCCAGCAGGCAUACUUGAGUUUAUGUGCGCUGUGAGGUAAAAUGAACACACACUCCUUCAACUUUGUUCAAGCGACGGAGGGUCAAGAGAGAAAAGGUGAUUGUUCUGAAGUACAUGUGUGGGAGUGUUUGUAUCCGGGAAGCACAAAGACGGAGGAAAGACCAGGGUCCUCUAGGGAAGUUUAGUAGUCAGUUCUGAGACCAACAAAACCCCCUGUGACUUAUUAUUGACAAUGAACCAGCCCCUUCACUGCCACCAAACUCUGAAAAAAAAAAACUAUAGAAAUGUUGGUUGUUGUCAUAAGAGGUAAAAGUUCUCCUUUUUGUUCGAUCGGCCAAUAUCUGAACUUUAAGCUUAAGCGUACUGCCAAAACUGAGGUCUCCGAAAGAAUAGGGGGUAUUUUUAGUCCAAAAUCUGUCAUCAGAAACGCUGUGAGGCUAAAUGUGCACCUUUUUAGGAUCAUGUAUAGUGUCUCGAUUUAGCUAAAAUUCCCUCCAAACAAAGCUUACCACUGCCCUGUGACGUGUAGCCAUUAGGCCAAGGACCCGUGUCUGAACCCAAUCUGAUAUCAUUGGAGUGCAUGUGCAUUUUUAAGCAUGUCCUGAUGCAGCUUAGCAUCUGAUUUAUUUUUAUUUUUCUUCUUCUUUAAUAAGCAGUAAUGUUUUUAUGAGUCAGAUGGAGGUUGCGUCUGUUUAGUGCUCCUUACCCUUGAUGAAGGUGAGAUGGAGCGAUGAGUUUAAUGAGAGCGAAAGGAAAGUUAAUGAAGGGCGUCACGUUUGAGCUUGGAGGUGAUGGUAACGGUAGUGAUGAUGAUGAUGAUGAUGAACCAGGAUGCCACUUUGGUGACUGUCCAGAGGGCUGAAGUGUAGAAUGUAAAUGUUUUGCUCAUCCCAGGCUGAAAUUAAUAGCAGAUAACAAAUGGAUCAUCUACCAAAUAAGGGAUAACAGAUGGAGCCUAGAAAAGAAAAUUACCAAAUAAGGAAAACGAAGCGGUACUUCUUCUUUCUGGAGAGUUGAGCAGGGCUGUGUGAUUGUAAAUGCUUGUCCAUUUUGUCUUUUGUUCGUCUCUUACUUUUUGCUUUUGCUCAUAUUUUUUCUUUCCCCUUCAAUGUUUUGGAUUUUAUUUUUUAUUUUUAUUUGGUUGUUUUAUCUAUAUGAAGUGUUAGUUUACUGUCCCGAUGUGCUCACAAGUUAGUUAUCUGUGUGAUAGUUCUUGUGUAACUUUUUUAGCAUUAGCGCUUAUAAGGGAGAAUAAUAUAAUUAACGAUAAAAAAAAGAUUAAAAGUAAAGAGAAUACAAUCAAAUUUACUUGUGUGACUAAUUUCUCUGUGUAACACAAUGAACAUCCUAAAAAAAAGCAAACUUAAAUAUUAAUAAAAGCUUAAGAGUAA